CGAUUGGCCAUUGGAAAAUGCCCGGAUGACUUCAUAUCCAUGUUUUUAGUGAAGAAGUGCUAUGGAGAAUGUUUCUAGGUCCUGAUGUUUAUUGACGAUUGCAUUUUUCCACAGGGAAAAGUGUACGUUGUUCCUUAUAACAUGGUUGGUAAAGACCUGGAUGAGUUAUACGUAGAAUUUGGGACACUGAGCCCCCACCAAAGAAUAGACAUACUAUGUGGAAUGCUUGAAAGGUGUUUAGGCCCCGAGCUUCGAUUUAUCGGCUCUGUGGUCGUCGAUUUGUGUAAAAAAGACUAUAUAUUUCUCAGAGAACAGGAAAAUAAAGCAAAUAAACCAGAAGAACUAGAAUCUUUAAAACAGAAUUCAGCAGAUAUAAGGAAUUUACAGCACGCAAUGGCGAUGAAUCUUGCUUUGCUUCAUACAGACAACACGCACUGUGCCAGUAUUGUUUUUGAUAUCUUGGAAAACAAUCUAAAACGAGCUUUCUCAGUAACGCCAUCAACCGAAAAAGACAGUGUUGAUGUAAUCCUGCUUGUGUUGACGAUGGCUAUGAGACACCCAGCAUUUUCAUUUCACCAAAGAACCAAAUUGUGUAAUUACUAUGUGUGUGUUAAACAGCAGCUGGAGAGUCUGUUGUGUAAGGUUGAUCAUGAAUCACGUCCAGAAAACCCAUCGGAGCCCAGAUGCAAGCAGGAAUCAGAUCAUAUAUGCAACCUGGAUGUGGUUAAGGCAGACAAGAGUCAUAGACAUGAAAGAAGGAGAGAGUAUAAAAUACAGGUAACAUGGCAAGACAAUAAAAAAACAGAGGUGCUUAAAACCUAUCAGGACUUCAAAGAAUUUCAUUCAAAGCUGGUGAAGCAGUUUCCAGAGGAAGCUAAUUUACCAAAACAGGACAGGAAGUUGCCAUUUUUCUCAGGAAGCCCAGGUACCGGUGUAUCUAAAGAGGAUGAGCAGACCAUAGCACAAUACACAAAACUUCUACUUCAAAUGCAAAAGACCAUCUUAAGUAGCGAACUGGUAGUCAAUUUUUUCAAAGGAGAUGGUGUUCCAAAGUCUCUGACAGCAAAGUCAUCUACCCCAGUGAAUAAUAGCCCCGUCUCAAGUGAAUCAGAUGAUGUGAUACUGUACCAACCUCCCCAAGUUCUCAACACACACAGUCAUAGCUCCCCGGAUGCAACACAGCCAAUGGAAACUUUGGCUCCAUACCCUAGUACUUACAUUAUCAAUCAGAGACCUCCCCCUGUGUCCCCCAGUCAUUCCCCCCAGCUUAUCAGCCGCUCCCCGCUGUCUGACAGUCGCUCAAAUUCCCCUGCGGAACAGGAAGUCACCAGUCUGAUGAAUAAAGUCAACCUCAGUCAGAACUGCAGUGAGAAACCUCCACCCAUAAAGAAUUGGAGCUGUGAAGAAAAUGAGUCUUUAUCAUUGACACCUGAGCAGGCAGCUAAAAUCCGAGCAGAUCUUGCAUUAAACAAAGAUAAAGUUAACAAUGGCUAUAUUGACCACAUAGUGGUGACCUCUGGUAGUCAGCAGAUACCUACGGUGUGGAAUCCAGCCAUGAUCCAGCCACCAUUCCAAGGGAUACCCCACCACCCCGUGCACGUCCUGACCCCCCAUCCCUAUGUCCUGCCCGCUAGUCAGACCUCCACCCGAGACAGCUCCCCCACAGGAUCCGACUACUCCAGCCCCCUACCCAGCCCGCUACUGAAAAAGAAGACCCUGACCACUAAAGAGACGGACAGCUCCUCAGAGGACAACGAGAAAGAGAAGAAUCAGAGACAUGGUUCUCCACAUGUUCGUAAACUUACCAAGACAGCAUCAGGAGAUGGCUAUUAUGACGGGUAUGAUGUGGGAGGACUGGCCACACUCACUGGAGGGGGGUACCAGUCAGAUCCCUCCCCUUCAGGAUAUUACCCUGUGAUAAACAUGGCUCCACGCACCCCCAAGGCACAGCCUGCACAUACAAGCAAAACGAUCCCACCGAAUAAUAUCAUUAGCAUGCCAUUGGACAGUCUUGUUUAUGGAAAAAGAGGCCAAGUAAUUCCACUAGGAAUGGCCCCUCCCAUUCCAAGAACAGAGGCCCCCACAAUAACUUCUACAUCAAAUGUUACCUCAGUAACUAGUAAUCUAGACAAUAUAGGGAAACCACGGAUCAGUGUUUAUUCAUAUCAACAACUUCGUCCUGUGGCUGCUCCCCGGACAUUCGUGUGCUCCGUGACUAAUUCCACCUCAGUGACCAUGUCCAACAGCAUCACCUCUCCGAUGGCAAUGAACGGCUUAAAGUCGCAGAUGACCCACUCCUACUCCGAAUCCUCCAUUAACAAUCCCCACGCCCUGGAACAAACCAUGCCCCCCUUGCCUACACAGCCCCAGAGCACUCCAACAUCCACCCCAAAUAUGCAGCUUCCACCCUCCUCCACUCACUCGACCUGCUCCAGUUGUGGGUGCCCGGGUCACUCAGGAAACCCCUCCUAUCCUUACGCUCACUUCAUCCCUAGUCACAUGUUCCACGGUCAGCAGCUGUGGCCGUUAUCAGCAGUUCCCAUGACACCGUCAUCAAAUGGACUUAUCUCCCCUCAUUUCAUUCCGCCGGCAUAUCACCACUUCCAGCACUUUCCCAAUCUGAACGGUCUGACCCCUCAGGAGUACCUGCUGAACAACCACCAUCAGAAUUACGUUCACAACCCAGGUCCCCCCCUGUCUGGCCCCACCAAUAAUGUGCCAGGACCAAUCCUUAACCCGGGCCUUCAGAGGAGUAACAGUAUUAAGGAGCGCAAGGAGAAACCUCGAGUUGUCACAUGCUACAACUGUGGAUCUCACGAUCAUGUGGGCAAUGACUGUAGUGAGGGCUCUAUGGAAUCUAUAUUAGGUCAUUAUCACUUGAAUUAUGAACCAAAAGAGUGACCAUCAGAUGUGAGUUGUGGAAACAAAUUUUAUCGCCAUUUCCGGAGGCAGCCUCUUAACACUGGGGAAAGCAAUAGCAUGGAGUAUAGCUUCAGUUAACGUUGUCAAGCCCUGUCACAGGCCAGGAUUUCUCUCUCUAUAGGAGAAAUGUGGUGAUGUUUACCUUAACAGCACCAGAGCAAUCAAUGAACAGUUCUAGCAUGCACGAUUGCUUUCUGACAAAUUUAUGAUUGGAAAAGUGUUGACAGUGUUCUAAAUAUAGAUUUUGUGUACGAAUAUAAUCUGUCUCAUCAGAGAUUGAGGGAGUGUUUGAAUGGCUUCCAGACAAAGACCAGGUUGACACUUGUGCACAUAAACUGAAAAGAAGAAUUGAGGCAAAUUUAAUUUUAUUUUGCAUAUUUUGCCUUUAAAUGAGUUAUUUUUGUGCCCUUGAGAAACAUCAGCUUCAGUUGAAAUAACAUUUUGUUUCCUUGGUAACGACCUAUUUGGUUGCAGAACUCUGAUUGGUUGUUUUAAUCUAAUAAAGUAUUUAUUUUCUGAGACACAAGUGAUAAAUUUCUGUUUCAUUGACAAUUCCCAUGCAGCUAUUUCAGAAAUUCCUGAUCUCAUUGGUUCCCAGCACUGAAGACUCUAAAUAACAAAGUGGACAUCCUUCUCAGUUAUAGAAAAGUGCUGAUUCAUCACAGAAUAUUUAUAUCAUCAGCUUAUUUUUAGAACAGAUAAAUAAUGUGGCUAUUUUUUGUGAAAUACACCUUUAACAAAUGUCGAAAAUGGAUGAAGAAACUGCACCUUUAAUAAGAAUCAAUGGAUUCACAACCUGUACAUAAAUAUGUGUCAUUUUAUUCAUAUCAAACAUUGUAUUAAACGGGGUUUUUAUUAUUGAAUAUUGUAUAAACAUAUUGAGACUUUCUACAUGAGUGUAACUUGUUUGUACCUUUUAAAUUUUGAUAGUCAUUCAUACCAUUUUGUGCUUCAGAUAGCAUUUACAGAAUAUUUUUAUGUUGGAUGGUAGUAUAUUUAUGUUUACGUGUCUGAGUACUGGAAGUAUUUAACUAUAAAGUUCUUAAAGAAAACAUGAAGCUUUUAUGAGUUGAGCAUUUGGCUUUUGUUGUAAUUUUGCAAUCUCUUUUCUUUUACUGUUGCAUUGUUUAUAUGCUGGGCUUUAUUUCA